AUGGAUAAGUUCCGCAUGCUCUUCCAGCACUUCCAGUCCAGCUCCGAGUCGGUGAUGAACGGCGUCUGCCUGGUGCUGGCCGUGGUCACUGUCAAGCUGUACUCCUCCUUCGACUUCAACUGCCCCUGCCUGGCGCGCUACAACACCCUCUACGGCCUGGGCCUUCUGUUCACACCCCCGCUCGUCCUCUUCCUCUGCAGCCUCCUUGCCAACCGGCAGUCUGUGGUGAUGGUUGAGGAGUGGCGCCGGCCCGCGGGGCACCGGAGGAAGGACCCAGGCAUCAUCAGGUACAUGUGCUCCUCUGUGCUGCAGAGAGCGCUGGCCGCCCCCCUUCUCUGGAUCCUGCUGGCCCUCCUUGAUGGGAAGUGCUUCGUGUGUGCCUUCAGCAGCUCCGUGGACCCUGAGAAGUUUCUGGACUUUGCCAACAUGACCCCCAGCCAGGUUCAGCUCUUCCUGGCCAAGGUGCCCUGCAAGGAGGAUGAGCUGGUCAGGGACAGCCCUGCUCGAAAGGCAGUGUCUCGCUACCUGCGGUGCCUGUCACAGGGCAUUGGGUGGAGGCUCACCCUGCUGCUGAUCGUGGCGGCCUCGGCCCGCUGCCUUAGGGCCGUGCUUGACCAGACGGUCUUUCUGGAGCGCAGAUACUGGAGCAAAUAUAUGGAUCUGGGGGAGAAGCUCUUCCAAGAAACGUGCUGUGAGCCUGCGCGGGACUUCGCGGGCGUCAGAGCCCCCGGAGACGUCAGAGCCCCGGAGGGCAUGGACGGCGAAAGUGGGAAAGCCCACCUGCGCGCAGUCUCCAGCCGGGAGCAGGUGAACCAUCUCCUGAGCACCUGGUACUCACGGAAACCGCCUCUGGACCUGGCGGCACCCCCCGGCCUCGGGGGGCGUGGCCUCAGCCACCGCGCUCCCCCGGCGGCGCCCGGGACCAGGCUGUCCCAGCACACGGACGUGUAG